CUUGCAAGUGGGCGGUAACUUUCCGGAAAAAAAAAAACGUUUCCUUGUCUGUCAUAUGCGAAGCGAGAGGAAAACACCGAUGAAUCGUCUGGAGACGCAAACUGAAUAAAAAUAUCACUUUCCCGACGGAGGAAAACACCAUAGUUUAAACGAUAAAUGAUAUCUCUGUCUAAUACCAGCCAGCUUCCUUAAUGCUAAAGCUAGAGACGGUAUUCGGUCUCCGUUAGCCGUUAUCACGUCGCUAUCUGAGUCUGCGGACACGCCGCCUUUGUGGCGAUGGGUACGGACUUACUAUCCGAGCUGGACAGCCGUUUCUUCGCCGAUAACCUCCUGACCAGCGAAGACUGGGAUGCCUGCCUGUACCAGUGUGAGAGCAUGGAGGAGGGGGAGGACGGAGACUUCAGCCGAGGGUUGAAAUACGACACGUCGUUUGACAAUGACCUCGUGCUAACCCUCGAUCCUGACAACCCCACGUCGCCAUGGCGACACAGUGACGACAACCUGCUCACAGGGGACACUCCGGUAAUAAAAAAUGAAAUGACGAUUACUCAGCCGUUACCAGUGGAAAUGUUGUUCCAGGUGAAAACGGAGCCUCCCUCUCCUGCAUCUUCACUUGGGUCUGACUGCUCGGCAUCACCACCACACCCACAGAUCACAGUUAAAGGUGAAAACCCUCCGACUCCCCCAUACAUGUACGGAGACGUUCUGUCUCCGCCACUGGGAUCCAUGGAGAUAACUGUGGCAACAACGACCGUACCCCCACCACAGACACAGAUACCUGCUGUAACACAGACCCAGCUACAGACGCCGUUAACAACACAGAUUCCAGCAGUCAUCGGGGGAUUACAGACACAGGCUACAGUCCUGCCAAGCUCAGCCACUUUAAAGGCCAGCACCAUCCUGAGCACAAAACCUCCCAUCCAACCCAGGCCUGUGUGUGUUACCGCCCUCCCUGUACCCCAGACCCCAGCACCGGCCAAGACCCUCAUAUUGCAGGGCCUCCCCUCCAUGGACCAGACCAGACCUGUUGUCCUGUCUCAGUCCGUCUGUCUCGGUUCAGCUCCGGCCAUCGUCAAAAUGGAGCCGGUCUCUCCCAGCAUCCCCCAGCACUGCUCCAGCCCCGCAGCCCCACCCGCCAGCAAACCCAUCGUCCCGGCAACCACCACAUUACCCGGCAACAGCUCCAGCGAUAUUGAUAUGAAGGUGCUGAAGCGGCAGCAGAGGAUGAUAAAGAACCGCGAGUCGGCCUGCCAGUCGAGGAAGAAGAAGAAGGAGUACCUGCAGAACCUGGAGGCUCAGCUCAGGGAGGCCCAGCAGGAGAACGAACGACUCCGCAGGGAGAACCAGGCGCUGAGGGAGAGACUGGCCGGGAAAGAGGGCAGCGACUCUGUGAGUAACAGGAGAGCCGUUUGUGUCAUGGCCGUUCUGCUGUUCAUGACCUUCAGCUUCGGACCUGUCAGCAUCACAGACAAGAAGCUGUCGACAGGUCUACAGGAAAGUGUGGUGUCGUAUACGGGACGACGGCUGCUGGAGAUUGAACAGCAGCAGCAGCAGCAACAGCAGCAGCAGCAUGUUGCUGCUCAGCCUCCAAGCGGACUGGAGGACAGGACAGAGACAGAGGAGGAUGGAGGAGAGGCGGAGAGAUACGCUCCAGAGUCUUAUCAGUUCAGGAACCUGAGUGAUGUCUUCAGCGACAUGAAGGACCUGGUUCUUCAGGACAUCGAUCGUUACUUCAGCUCCUCGGACUGCAGACAGUUCAACCGCUCUGAGUCCCUCAGGUUGGCAGACGAGCUGAGAGGCUGGGUUCACCGGCAUCAGAUCGACAGGAAGAAGUCUGGGGGGAAACCAAAGACCGCCAAGAAGGCCAAGAUCGCCCAGAAAGCUCAGCUGAGGAAGACAAACUUCUCCAGAUAUCUGCCCAUUCAGGCCCAUCGCUCCAUAGAAAGUCAGCUGCAGGUGCUUCCUGGUCCCGAGGUCACUUACAGCGACUUCCUGGACGCCAUCGACCGCAGAGAGGACACUUUCUACGUCGUCUCUUUCAGACGGGACCACCUGCUGUUACCGGCCAUCAGCCACAAUAAAACCAGCAGACCCAAAAUGUCUCUGGUGAUGCCGGCCAUGUCCGUUAACGAGAGUCUGUAUAACUCCUCCCAGGGUUACGAGAUGAUGAUGCAGGUUGACUGUGAGGUCAUGGACACUCGAAUCAUCCCCAUCAAGUCCUCCGCCGUCCCGCCGUCUCUCCGCGACCCUCCUCCGCCUCCCCCUUCCUCCCACCACCACCACCAUCACCACGGCAACCACACCUCGCUCCGAGGACGCCACCAGCAUCACCCGUCCUCCUCGCCCUCGUCCUCCUCGCCGUCCUCCUCCGCGUCGUCUCCGAGGCAACCCUUACCUGCCCGCCGACGGACAGAUGAAUAUUUAAUCAGCCAAUCAGAGGGAGUCUGAGGAGGCACCGCCCUAGGGAUGGUAGACAGGAGAGGCGAUGGAAAACAGAAAACGCGGUGUGGUCUGGCGGUCUGGGGAAUAUCCGAGCCCGGAGACGGAAAUCUUUCAAGAUCAUCUCACCACCCUUACAACAGGUUUCUCCUCUUUCUACGAAAGUCAUGUGUCCUGCAGUUUUCUGGAAAGCGAAUUUUCCAGAAAACCUCCACGAGACGCAUCAGCAAUUCAAGCCAUUACUGUUUAAAUCCUGUCAACACAGCUGUAACUGUCCCUAGCCUCAACCCUCUUUCAGCUUUUGGGAUUGAAAAUAUAAAUAAAAGCCUCUUUAGAUGAUAAUGUCCUAAUAUAUAAGAAUAUAUUUCUAAACAUUCGAGUCAGAUGCAGACACGGCGGCACACUGCACUUAGAAAUAGUGCUGCAUUUUAAUAUUUAAAUGUGAGAAUGUACAGUUUAAAUGAAGUGUAGACUUCAAGGUCCGCGCGGGAGCUGAGGUGCUGAGGUAAAAGUAGCUUUGAUAUCAUCUUAAAGAACAGUUUCGGUUUGAGCUCCUCAGCAAACUGCCACUCGGUGUGUUGUCACUGGUUUGGCCGACAGGUGGCGCCGCAGGGCUGCGCGGUUACGGCUAAAAGGAGAACCCUUCCAGAGUUCUACUGAACUUUCUGCAUUUCACAGGACACAGGAAGUUCUCGUCUGUCCUCAGACAGUCGGAGGGAAAUCCAGAGAUUUCCGGAUCGGCAAUAAAGCGGUUUAUUAAUCAUGUGCAGGUAAACGGAUCGAACUGUGCAGUCCCGGCAGGACACGCGCGGUUGCCUCCGGUCCCGCUCUCAGCCCUGGUCUCUGGGGAGUUUGUGUGCUUGUGCUGUUGGUGGCUCGCGGUUGUGAUCGGAGGGCAGACACGGAAAACGUGUAGUCUGGGUGUUUGGUAUCAGAACUGACGGCUGCCGCAUGAAGUGGGAUCCAGAUGUGAACUGGAAAAACUCAGAGUUGACCGACCAGACAGAAAACGUUCAGCGGAAAUAUAUCGGCCGAUAUUCCUUUAGAACAUGAGAUCCAUACAUAUUUUUUGAUAAGGAUUUCUUUAAAUUUGACUGUGAACCGACAGAGGAUUUCAGAGCCCGAGGGGAAUCAUCACCUCUGAACCAUGAAUCCACUAAGCAGCAGUAGAGGUUUAGUGCCCUGCUCGAGCUCCCUGCACAGAAAAACACACAGAACCACUUCAGAAAAUGACCGAGAUCCUUCUUCAUGUGGCAUCUCUCAGAUUUACCCGAAAUUAGUUUCUUUGUUUUGUUUUGAAAUUGAGAAAAAUCAUGUUCUCGUUUUGAAUGGAGAUUAUUUAAUAGUUGUAAAAUAUCACUGUUCACUCUGUAGAUAUUUUGUUUUUUUUCACCUUUUAUAUUUUUUUAUUUCUUUGUCUUUUGACAUAAAGAAAAAAAAAAGAAAAAGAAUACUUUUGCUCCUCAUGUGUCCUGCAGAGGAGAAGAAAAGACUAUUGUUGAAUUUUAUACUUUAUAUUGUUGUGUUCAGUUCAUUGGACCAACCACCUUCAUGGAUUUGUUCUGUGCUCAUAGUUUGAACUCAGGAUCAUCUGUCCUGACCCAAUAUAUUUAUGGAAAUAAUGUACCUAGACUUUUUUCUUCCUUUUUUUUUUUUUUGUACAGAAUUAACUUGCAGGAAACUUCAGUUUCUCAGAAACAGACCCAGAAAAGAUCAUCACUGCCAAAACAAGACAUGGUGAUGGAGCCUCUUUGACCUGAUGACUGAAUUUACUCUUUGUAGAAAAUGUCUCAACACAUGCUUUGCUUUUUCUUCUGACCAAAAAUGUUUCGGAUUUUUUUUUUUAAAUUUCACACAAAAGCUUGUU